ACACCAUUGUUGGUAAUAUUGCGUCUAAGAUUGGCAUUUCACUUAAGCCCACAGACAUUGAUUUCAUCCACCGGGUGAGACGUUUCAAUAAUGCUCAGACAAGUGAGAUAAAACCAGCGCGUGAUGCUACCCUCGCACCAAAUAUUAUCGUCCGUUUUACUCAAAGAAAACGCAAGACAGAUAUGUUGACGGCGGCACGGGCGCGACGCGGACUCACCACUGCAGAUGCCGGUUUGGAUGGUCCAGCGAGUCCCAUCUUCAUCAGUGAUCAUCUUACACCUCAAAAUAAAUUACUAUAUAAGCAAGUUCGUACCAUAGCCAAGGAAAAAUUAUAUAAAUAUGUAUGGUUGUCAGACUGUAAAAUUUUUGUGCGAAAAAGUGAUACCUCGCAUACUAUUUUGGUGUCCCGUGAAUCUGAUCUCAUCAAAAUCAAAUGACUAUGCCGUCUAUUUCAUUUCCAGUCGAAUAUGUUAAGUAUAGUAAUCAUAUUUAAUACCCUAAACUCGUUUUGCAUUUAUUUUUAUAGUAAGAAAACAUGUACUUGUAAUUAUUUCUAUAUAGUCUUAAAUUUUAUUAUUUGUUUCGAAUAUGCUGGUGGAACAAUAAAUAUAUUUAAAAUUCGGUAACAAUAAUUUUUCCAUUUACUAUCAAAACGUGCGGGGCUUACGUACAAAGUCACAUGAGUUUUUAGGAAAUGUUUUGUCAGGAAAUUAUGACAUUAUAUGCAUAAACGAAAGUUGGCUCAAUGAUAACUUCUAUGAUUCUGAGUACUUUGAUAAUAGGUACUCGGUGUAUCGAUGUGAUCGCGACCCAGUAGCAAGCGGCAUGGAUAUGGGUGGUGGUGUUGUGAUAGCCGUGCGACGCGACCUGCGCCCGGUGCACAGGAUUGACAUGCGUGCACCGCCGCCUGCAGAUGAGGUAUGGGUGUCCGUGGCGCUGAGCUCGCCGCCGUGCUCGCCUGACCUUCGGCGUCCGGGCGCUGCAUCGCCUCGCUACUUACACAUUAUUUCUACGUAUAUAUCUCACGGACCGAAUCAUGAGUGUUUGCUUACUUCAUUUUAUGACAGGGUUAUUGAUUUUAUAAACGCUCACCCAGACGACGUCUAUCUGGUUCUCGGGGAUUUUAAUGUCACUUUAGCGGAUUGGUCACAUAAUGUAGAUAACCAAUGCAUGGAUAUACAUACCAAUAACAAUAACUUGGCCUGUAUUACCGAGGAUUUUUUAAACUUUUCAUUGCUUUCCCAAUAUAAUAAUCAAUUUAAUUUAAACAAUAGAAUGUUAGACUUAGUUUUUAGUAAUGAAUUAUGCACUGUUAACUCGUGUAAUUUUCCUUUAGUAAAAGAAGAUCCGAAUCAUAAAUCUUUAAAUAUUAUUUUAAACACUAACUUUCUUUCUCCAUCUUCAUUAAGAGAUGCCAAAAGUAACAGAAAACUUUUUUUCAAAGCCGAUUUCGAGUAUAUAAAAAUGGAACUCAAUACCAUUGAUUGGGUAAGUAAAUUCAAUACUCUGUCUGACGUUAAUUCUAUGGUGGACUUCUUUUAUUGUGUUUUUGACGAAUUAAUUGAAAAAUAUGUACCUACUUCUAAAUUUAAUAGUAAAUAUAAAUUUCCUCCUUGGUACACGCAACCCUUGAUAAAAUUAAAUAAAGAGAAAGAAAAAUGUCAUAAAAAAUGGAAGUUUUAUAGAAAUUUGCAAGAUUAUUAUACUUUUUCCACUUUAAGAAAACGUUUCAAAAAAUUAGAAAGGUCUUGCUAUGAUGUGUAUAUUAAAUUUUCAGAAGAAAAUAUAAGAAAAAAUCCUAACUCAUUUUGGUCAUUUGUAAAAUCAAAAAAGAACCAUAACGACAUUCCAGAAAAUAUGUUCUAUAAAGAUGAGUGUUUAACUGAUGGAAACAAAAUUUGUGACGCAUUUAAUAAUUGUUUUGGUUCUGUUUUUGUUUCUUCGAAUGGUGUAAGUUCACAAACCACUUUUUCAUCUGGAUCACAAGAUAAAAUACAUGACACAACUGUUGAUAUAAGUCACAUAAAAUUUGAUCUAGAAACCAUAGUCAAUGAAUUUAAGAAAGUAAAUAUACACAAAGGGGCCGGUGCCGAUAACAUCCAUCCUGUGCUUAUAUCAAAUUGCGCAAAAGAACUUGCAAUUCCAAUGUUAAUUAUUUUUCAAAAAUCAAUAGAUACAGGUGUAUUUCCAAAUAAAUGGAAACAAUCUCUGAUUACGCCUAUUCCAAAAAAUAAAAACAGAGAACAAAUUACUGAAUAUAGGCCAAUCUCAAAAUUAUCCAUUUUAGGCAAAAUUUUUGAAAAACUUGUGACUUAUCAUCUUUCUUUGUCAGUUCGAAAUUUUAUUGCAGAAGAACAACACGGGUUUUUCAAGGGUCGUUGUGUUGAAAGCAACAUGGUAACUUUUACUGAUUUUUUAUCACAAGCUAUGGAUAACAAUGAACAGGUGGAUGUCGUGUAUACCGACUUCUCCCGGGCAUUUGAUAAAUUAAAUCAUAAACUCCUUAUUUUGAAGCUCGAAGAAGCCGGCAUACAUGGCUGCCUCCUUAGGUGGAUUGAAUCCUACAUCAGUAAUAGGAGUCAGGCCGUCUGUAUUAAAGGAUAUUGUUCGCAAUUUUUACCUGUGCCUUCCGGGGUCCCACAAGGUUCCCAUAUGGGGCCCUUGCUUUUCUCCCUAUACAUAAAUGACAUAGGAAACAUAUUUAAUAACAGUCACCACCUUUUAUAUGCUGAUGAUAAUAAAAUAUAUAAAAAAAUUAGGUCUGUGGUUGACUGUAACAGAUUACAGGAGGACUUGCUGGCUCUUCAAGACUACUGUACCUCUAAUCAGCUAUAUCUUAAUACUGAUAAAUGUUAUAUUAUUACCUACUCACGAAAAAGAAAUAUUGUCAAAUACGAAUAUAAAUUAAAUAACGAAAUUUUGCAGAGAGUAACAGAAAUUAGAGAUCUAGGUAUAAUUAUGGAUUCUGAACUCUCAUUUAGGAAACACAUUGAUUUCGCAAUAAAAAAAGCAUUUCAAAAAUUAGGCUUUGUAUUAAGAAUUAGUAAACCAUUUAAACAAACCAUCACAAUGAAAAUUUUAUACUUUGCAUUUGUUCGUUCUAUUUUGGACUUUGCGAGUGUUGUAUGGAGUCCUUAUUAUAAAGUACACAUAGAUAGAAUCGAAAGAGUACAAAAAAAGUUUAUAAAAUCUUUAAAUUUUCGUGAGUGUACACAAUUUGACUCAUAUAAUAAGGCCUUGCUUCAUCAUAAGUUUCUUUCCUUAAAUGACAGGCGAAAAAUGUUUGAUUUGGUGUUUCUAUAUAAAAUUCUUAAUAAUUUAAUUGAUUCUUCAAAACUUUUGAGUAAAAUUUCCUUUGUGACUCCUAGGCGUUUACCUGUACGCCCCUCACGUAAAAUUCCACUUUUCUCUCCUCCACAUUUACACAAAAACUAUACUCGUAACACAUUUAUACAUCGUUCCACCACCAUAUAUAAUAAAGAGUUUGGAAAUAUAGAUCUACUAAACACUACUCUAAAACGAUUAAAACUCAGUUUUCAAUCUAGUUCAACUGAUAGUAAUAUAAUUUUGUAAAACACUUAUACUUAUAUAACAAACUUAAUUAACCUAACACUGUAAGCUAUUCUUAGUUGAUUUUGUUUACAAAUUCCUGCCAUGUAAUUAACCCUUUUUAUUAUAUAAGUACAUCACUUUAGGGCACUAUAGGUCUUUAAAUUGUACUCAUAGUUUAUGUAAAUAUCUAUUUGUAAACGACUGUUUGUUGCCUAAAUAAAGAUAAAUAAAAAUAAAUAA